UCAGUUUGUUUUAGUAAUUUCAGUCAUGGAUCUUGAGCAUGUCGAAUAUUUGCAAGCCUCUGAUAUAAAUCUAUUCAUUUUAUGAAAGAGUGACAUAGGUUGAGGGCAAUUUUAAGAUACAUGUACAUCAAUAUAUACGGGCAAGACAAUACAAUAUAUGGUUGAUUCGAUCCAGAGGAAUUAUGCGCGAGGAUCCUGUCAUUUUCCUACUUUGCAUGAAGAGACGACACUGGAUCUGCCCGACCGUGGCCUGUAGGAACAAAGACCGGCCGCGAUAUACAGACACGCAAUCAGUCUGUUCUCCACUUGUUUGAGCUUCGACAAGCUUAUAAUUUGUUUGAAUAACCUCUGUCAACAGAAAUAUGAAAAAAAUAAGCGGAAUUCAAUACUUGCAGCAAAUAACGCGAAUAGUUAUGUCAAUGUAUAACUAAAUGAGUCGCGGAUUGUUUACAGUGUUUAACGGAGAUCCGAACUAUAUCUUCCUCAAUAGCGGCCAUUUAUUCCAUUUUAGCUUAUGAAUAAUGGACGAUAUGUUUUGGAUUAUGUGAAAUGUAAAUAACAAAUAUUUUAAUGUGCUUAAUUGACUUUAGCUAUGCGCCUAUAUCUAAAGACGGCCGUAUUACGGACGCUGUCAGUGUUGUGCUUCGUAGUGUUGACGUUAAACUUCUACAUUAGGAGCGUUUGGGUAGCCGAGAUGGAGAGCACUUCCCGCCCCUGGGGACGGGACUUCGACCCCAUGGGCCACCAUAUCAUUCAUAACCGGAACAGUGUGACAACCCAGUCGAGCGCUUACGUGAUUAAGAACGUCAGUUUGGAGUCCAUACGUCAAAAACAAAAUCCAGUGACACUGAUUUCAGAUAUUAUUGUCAAUGAAGUAUCAAAUAAACACGUAGUUUGGCCUAGCAAUGAAUUCUACAAUAAUGACAGAAUAACAAACCAGCUCAAAUAUAAACCAGAAUGGCUACACAAGAGAGAAUUAGAAAAGCAAGAGCUUCCAUUAAAGAAAAUCCUUCUGUUUGGUGGUUUGGGGGGUUGGGAGGUGAAGCGAGGCAGUCAAACCUUCCUGGAUCAGAAGUGCACAGUAAACACGUGCGAGAUCACGGACAGUCGGGAGGCGGGGAGGGACGCUGAUGCUGUGCUGUUUUCGCACACGCCCGCCAAUCCCUGGGUGGAUCGGCCACAACAUCAGGUGUGGAUCCUGUUUAUGCUUGAGUCGCCCUACCACACCCCAGGGCUCGGCGGCUUUGGUGGCCUCUUCAACUGGACCGCCACCUACCGCCACGACUCGGAUAUCGUAGCGCCUUAUGAGAAAUUUGAACUUUUCAACGAAAACGUUCGAACAUUGCCACAAAAUAAAAGCUAUGCAGCAGGAAAGACUAAGCAGGUCGCAUGGUUUGUCUCAAAUUGUGGUGCUAGAAACAGACGGUUGGAAUAUGCAAAAGAGUUAGGGAAGUACAUAUCUGUAGACAUAUAUGGCUCCUGUGGAUCUCAUAAGUGCCCGAGAAGAGACUCGAAAUGCUUUGAUAUGCUCAACACUGACUAUAAAUUUUAUCUCUCAUUUGAGAAUUCUAAUUGCAGGGAUUACAUAACUGAGAAGUUUUUCGUGACAGGGCUACAGCACGAUGUUAUACCAAUAGUGAUGGGUGGAGCCCCUGAGGACUAUGAGCGGGCAGCCCCGCUCCACUCCUUCAUCCAUGUGGACGAGUUCGAGUCUCCGGAAGAAUUGGCUAAGUAUCUCCACAAACUCGACCAGAACGAUGACCUGUACAACGAGUACUUCCGGUGGAAAGGCACGGGCUCGUUUAUAAACACGUUCUUCUGGUGCCGUAUUUGCGGGAUGCUGCACGAGGAAUCACGUGGAAGUCACGUGUACAGUAACCUGGAGAGGUGGUGGCGGGGGCCCGAGGUGUGUAUAGGCAAGGACAGCUGGCGCGACCAUCCCCGCGCCUCUCCAUACAUUAUGGGCGACUUUCUGCUCAAGCAGGACCCUGCUCACUGACCCCGCAUUCAGAUUUCAGAUUGUCAUACAUUCCACCCCUGUUAAACGUUACCAAUUACCUUUUAGCCCACACGUAGUCUCAAGUUCGCAAUAUCCACUUCACUUCCCAUUGUUCUCGGUGUGCUCCAUCGGAGAUUAUUUUCGCAAUAUGUUAAACAAUUGUUCUCAUUUUGAAAGAACAGGUGCGCGUUUCAUGCACCUUUAGCAUCGUUGUUAUUUCUGUGUGUGUGUGUGUGUCUGUAUGUGCGUGUGCGUGUGUGUGUGUGUGUGUGUGUGCGCGCGCGUGCGUGUUCGUGUGUUCGUGUGCGUGCGUGUCCGUAUAAGAAUAGUAACUUUCAUGUAUUUACUUCUAGCCUUUAUCAACAGGACAUGUUGUAUGUGAAGCAAACAGCCUUGUGUUGGUAUCGCAGCGCUCAUGUGUUGGUAUCGCAGCGUUCUUGAGCAUAUUUUUUUUUCAAAUUCAAUGUUGAUAUUUAAUAUGAAUCUGUUUCUCUUUGAACAACAGGUAUUAUUGAUUGGAAAAGUUCGAUUUUGCUUUCAUUUGAAUUGUUGUCACACUUCUCGGUACAAACAAUGAUGUAACUAAACGCGGAGGAAACCUUGAACGUAUCAAGUCUCCAACAUAUAUACAAGCUAUUUUAUUUUUGCAAAUACUUUGUCCACGAGAGUGGAAUAACAAACAUGGGAUAUAUGGUUACUUGCAACAAUCAUUCUUGUUUUAACUCUUUGGUCAAUUGAUGUUUGUGUCACCGUGAUUUCUAUGUAGUCAUCCAUUUAACAUCAUACCCUGACCAAACCUGUUGAUGUUUAUUAAAAUAGCUUAGGAUUAGAAGGUCAUUGUAUUUGUUGCACUCAUUACGGCCAUAGCCUCUAAAUGGCAGCUGUUGUAACAGCAUCACACUUCGGUACUGACGCAAACAACUGACAGCAUUCUGCGAUUAAGAAAAGAAUUGCAUAGUGAUGUAUUGUUUGUAGAGCAUAAUAUACAUAUCGAUAUAAACACAUUGAUAUCCUGGUACAUGGAUUAGAAUGAAUGGUUAGAACGUAAUUCCCUGACAGUUAUAAUUAUGUACAAUGGCAGUUUGAUAAAUGUUACAUACUCUUUAUCGUGGUUUAUUCUAAAAACAAACUGUUUCAAAUAGUGUUCAAGUGUUUUCUUCUGUUUAUUGGUAUCACUUUUUAAAUACCACGUAAUGGUUAGUGGUUGUUCCUAUGUUUUUACAAAAAUAAAUGGUUUCAUGGGACACAGUCGCAUAACCGGUUUUUUUUUGUGUAAAAGUCAUACAAGCAAUCUCUUUAAAAAAAUAGUGGUCUACAUAAAAUAUAACUAACCACUGACUGGUCCAACCACUGUUUAUAUUUGCCGCUUCACCUGAUUAAAAUCCAUAACGGCUGACUGCUGACAUAUUGGAAUCAAUAUCUUGAAAACAAACAAAAAUUUGGUAGCUCUGUUCAAAUUGUACAUUCUUUUUUGUAAGAUGUGUGUUCAGAUAUGUGUAGAGUGUCUGUACUAUUGCUGCAUGUAUGUGUGUGUGUGUGUGUGUGCGUACGUGCCAGCGUGCUUGUGAUGAGGCUGUUUAUGUAGAAAGAAAACAAUUUAGUUGUGUUCGCUACAUUUUUGUUACUGUUCCUGUUAAUUGUUAAUUCAUAUGAACGUUUAUUGAAAUAUAUUUGUCUUUGUAUCUAAUUUAUUGUUCUUGAAUUAAAAUAAAGGCGAAACUUAC